AUGUCGUCCAUUUGUGUUUUAUGUUUUCGAUCAGGAAAAUUAAACAAAAACCAAUUCACAACAGUAAAUAGUGUUGAAGUUCAAGAAAAAAUACAAGAAGCAUAUAAAGAUAUAAAUGGUAUUCCUUUAUCAACAACAAUAUUAAAUAAACAAGUACAUAAAGUGUGUUAUCAAAAAUACCAUCGUCAUUAUACAUAUGCGUCUCAAAACAAACAAUCAACAAAUGUAGUACCAAAUUCUUUGUCAACUCGUCGUUUACCACUUGUUGAUCGAACAAAUUAUCAAUGUCCAUCAUCGUUAGUACCAGUAGUACCAUCAGCAAAUGAAAAUUUUCAACAAAAUUUCCUGCUGUUACCAUCGUCAUUAUCAUCACAAGCAACAACAGAAAAUCCUGAUUCAACACCACACAAUGACAAUAUGUGUUUAGAAUUUUCAUAUAAUCAAGUAUCGUAUUAUUCUGGUGGUGUUACUGAUUUACAAGAAGAUUUUUCUAAUUCAUCUGAUUUUAAUGAUGCGAACUUUUCAACAUCAAUUGGAUCAUCAUCGGCUCAACAAAUUCAUCAAAAAGAGUCUUUCACAACCAAUAUUCAAUCAUUAACAGCAGGAAAAAAUAUUGACCUUCUUGACUUGAUCGAAAGUAUGAGUGUCGAUGGGUCUUCAUUAACCACUGUCGAAAAUCUUGAUUCAAUACCAUAUAAUAACAACAUGUAUUCAAAAGUUUGUCAUAAUGAAAAAUCAUAUAAUGCUGAUGAUUUUAUUGAUUCACAACAAAAUUUUCUUAAUUCAUCUGGUUUUAUUGAUGACAAAUAUUCAUCACUAGUUGAAUCAUCAUCAAUUAAACAAAUCUAUCAGAAAGACUGUUUCCAAAUCAACAAUAAAUCAUUAACAGCAAGAAAAAAAGUUGAUUUUGAUGAUUUAAUCGAAAUUAUUGAUACAGAUGGAUCAUCGCCAACAACUGCUGAAAAUCUUCAUUUAACAUCAGAUGAUAAUCAUAUGUAUUCAAAAAUUUGUCGUAGUGAAAAUUCAUAUAAUGCUGGUGAUGUUUGUGAUUCACAAAUAGAUCUGAUUGAUUCAUCAAGUCUUGGUGAUCCAGAGUUUCUAUCACCAAUUGAAUCAUCAUUUAUUUCACCAUCACCAAUGCAAUCAUCAUUUGUUCGAUCACCACAAAUUGAACCAUCGUUUAUUUCAUCAGUAUCAAUUCAAUCAUCAUCAGUGGAACAAAUUCACCCAGAAAAAUCGUCCAAAACCCAAAUUUCACGUCUUCGUUCUCGUUAUUCAACUAAAAUUCGACGACCAACUAAAAAUCAUAAUCAAUAUCCAAUCGAUGAUAAAAAGAAGUCAUUUCUGUAUGAUGAUAGUUUUAGUGAAUUAUGUGGCUGGUUAGAAAAUUUAUUACGUGGUGGUUUUUUAGUUUCAUUAGUAAUGGUUAAAGAAAAAUAUGAAGAAAUUUUACAAUUAAGAAAUGAAAUGAUAACAGAGGGAAUGAUACGUACAACAUCUAUUCGUGAUCGUCUUCAUACAAAAUUUAAAAAUCGUAUAUUAUUUACAAAAGUGAGCAAUCGUCAAGGUUUAUUUAUUUCUUGGAAUGAUUUAUCAACAAUAACACAAUCAACAUUAACUAAUUCAUCAACAUUAGAUUAUAAUUCUGGUUUUCAAUCAAAUAACAUUUACAAAGAUCAAGAAAACGUGGUAGAUAAAGAAGCACAAUCGACAAUAUUAUUUGAAGCAAUUGAACUAUUACGAGAAUCAAUACAUGAAAAUAUGCAUUAUCUAAAACAAGUUCAAGACAAUAAUAAAUCACUUACUGAGUUUACAACAGGCUUAUUUUGGGAUUGUGUUCCUACAUUAAUAAAAAACGUUAUUGGAUUAUUAACUACGAAUGAUGAUUAUUUUCAACGUUUUAAAAAUAAUUAUGAAUAUUAUAAUAUAUUUGAUCAAGAUAUGUACAAAUCAAGUGAAAAAGCUUUAAAAAUUUCAUCAAUAGCUUAUGACAUUAUCAAUACAAGAUAUAAUUCUUAUUCAACACCGAAACAUUUAUUGCUUGGUAAUGAAUUAUAUCAUCACAUUCGUUUACAAAACAAAGUGGCUGCUGAAGUUUCAAAAUUAUCAUCAACAGAUCUACCACCAACAGUUCAACAGCAGCAUUCUUUUGCAAUAACUGUUGCCGAUAAUUUUGAUAUGAACAUUGGAACAUUACAUGGUGAAAAUAGUAUACAUAUACUUAAUCGUAUUAUUAUACAAACACCAGCCAAUGAUGAAUUACAAUAUGAUGUAAAUGAAUGUUUAAAUGAUUUAUGUGAUUCGGUUGCUUCAAUUGUUGAUCAAUCACAUGUUAAUUUAUUAUUAAAUUCUAACAUUACAACAAACAAAAAUGAUCCUCACAUAUUAUAUAAGAAAAGUUCUUAUCGUGAUGCAUUAUUAGCAUAUAGCUUAAUGAAACAUGUUUAUGAUACAAAUAAUAUUUUUGAGAAAAUUAUUGAUAAUGAAAUAAAAAUAAAUGUACCAUUAUUAUCUGGUUUUUUUGCAACAUAUUUACCACAUGUACAUCGUCCAUUAUCAAAAAUAACAUUUCUUUCACCUAUUAACCAAGAUCCAAGUUCUUUAACAACAUCACAAUUAUGUCUUCAAUCAACCAAGUCGUCUUUGAUUGAUUCUCAUUAUCAAAAAGAAGCAGUAGUUGUAGUAGAUGAAAAAAUUUACAGUAAUUGUAUAAAGGCAAAACGUCGAAAUGAAAUUGAUAAUAAAUCAAUAUUUCUUUAUCCUGGUGAUUUUCAUAUUAUGAAGAAUUACAUGGUGCUUAUUUGGGAUGUAUUAAAUGGUAGUGGUAUUGAAGAUGUUCUUGGUCGUAUUUAUAAAGCAGCAGCACAUCGAGCUAUUAUGAAUGUUCAUAAUUUUAAUUAUUCACUUCGAUGCUGUAAACUUAUUUAUAGUGCAUUAUCAAUAUUAUUUAUCGAUUCAUUUAUUAAAACAUUAUCAUCAUCAUCUUCAACGAAAACAAAUGAUAUUAUUAUAAAGUUAAAAGAAAUUUUAAAAUGCAUACCAUCAGAUUAUGUUAUAAAAAAUAAAAAAGAAGAAUGGUUUGCUAAUUUAAUAAAUGAAAUUGGUAAUUUAAAACUAUCUCAAGUCUUGGAUAAAUGGACGAUGGAACAAUGUGAACUUAAUGCAGCAUUUCGGUUUUGGUAUUUUAUUUAUCGUCAACUAUUGGAACCAUUAAUAUUAAUGUAUAUGUCUAUUAGAUUGUCUAAUUUUGAUGGAAGAAAUGCUGCAUUAUCUUCAAUGGCACCAAUUUUCUUCGCUACAAAGCAUAGAAAUUAUGCAAGACUUUCAGUACAACAUUUAUUAGAUCUCAAAUCUUGCUCAAUUUAUUUACGUGAAAGAUUAGAACGAUCAUUUACUGUAAAUCGUACAAAUCGUCCAUUCUCGGCCAUUGCACUUGAUCAAGCAAUAGAAUGUUCCAUUAACAAAUAUGGUAAAGGUCGAGGUGGCAUAUCCGGAAAAUUGAAUCCUGAAUCAAUUGAAAUAUGGUGUAAAUCAUUUGCAUUUAGAUCAAUGUUAUCAUCGAUUAUUAAUGAUAUUGCUUGUAUUGAAAGAACAAAUAAUACAAUUGAUGCACAUGUUGAAUGUUCAUUUUUCCGGAUGGUACAAGACAAUAAAGAUCUGUCGAUUAUUACUAAAGCAUUACUUGAAGAGAAUUUAUUUAAACAAGAUAAUAUACAUGUUCGAAAAAUAAUGAAUGGAAAAAUUAUUCAUGAAAAAAUAAUUGAAAAUUUUGUAACAAUGUAUGAACGUGGUCUACAAAGAAUGCAUUUAUUUAUUCAAGAACGAUAUAUUGAUCAAUCAAUAAAUAUUGAAGAUCCUUUACCAGCUAUUGUUCGUUAUAAAUUAUCAGAUCCAUACAUCUCAAACGAUGCACAACGAUUAAAAAAGAAAACAAACAAUAAUAUUUUUAUGGCUAAAAUGGAAUUGGAUAUGAAUAUGCUAUUUUCACAUGAAUUUUCACAAGCACCAUUAUCAUUAUGUGAUAGUCAAGAUUUUAAUCUCUUAAAUCAACAACAAAAAUCAGAAAUAAUCAAAUAUUUUGAAAAAGAAUGUCCAACUGCUUUUUCAACAAAACAUCCAACAACAAAUAAUGGUAAAUGGGCAUUAAUUAUUGAUGGUGGACCAUUAUUGGAAAUCAGACCAAUAAAACCAAAUUGUACAAUUUUUGAUUAUGCUAAACAAUUAUUAUUAAAUAAUAUUAUUCCAGAAUUUCAAAUUUAUGAUCGAAUUGAUAUUGUAUUUGAUGCUGAUCAAAGUAAAGCUAUUAAAUCAUUUAUUAAACGUCAUGGAUAUGAAAACAACAAAGAACAACAACAAUAUGAUUUAAAACAAAAUGAUACUUUAGAUUCUUCAAGAUUUUAUGAAUUUGUUCAUAGUAAUCGAGCAAAAUUAGCAGGUGUUAUUCGUUCUUGUUGGUCACAAUAUGAACUUAUUGGCUUAUUACCGGUUCAUAAAUCUUUAGUAAUAGCUGGUCCACAACAAGAAACCAUUAAAUUAAUCAAUAACAAGAAUUCACCAUCAUCAGAAAUCUUAAUUAAUUUAGAAUCAGAUCACAUCGAAGCUGAUACACGUGUAUUUUUACAUAUAUAUGAUAUUCAAAUGGAAGAUGAUAAUGGCAAGUUCAACGGCAUCAUGAUACAAUCGAAUGAUACUGACAUUUUUAUUUUAUCAAUAGCACAUGUCAAAUUAAUUAUGUUAUCAAAUUAUUUUAUCAAAAAAUUUAACACCUCUUCGAAAUUAUCUACGUUUAUCAAUAUUAAAGAAAUUGGAAAAUUGAUAAAAAAUAAAUGGAAUAUAACUGAACCAAAUAUUUUUUUAACUUUACAUGGAAUAUCUGGAUGUGAUACGACGUCGUUCACUCGAAAUAUUACAAAAGAAAAUUAUUUUGUUACAUACUUGUCAAAUCCAAAUCAAUUUCAAGGUUUAAUUAAAUUUGGUGAUGAUUUAACAAUUACAAAUGAACCAUUAGAAGCUGCUGAAGAAUUGUUGGUAUCAUGUUAUAAAAAUUCAAGAGGUUUUAAAUCUUCAAUGUCACAAACAGCAUUAUCAUCAUCAUCAUCGACAACAAUAAAAUCAUCAUGUGAAACAUCAUUAAAUGAUUUACGAAAAACUAUGGCUGUAAAAUACUUUAAAAAUUCAACAUUAGAUAUAUGUACAAAAUUACCACCAACAACAAAUUCAUUUUAUCAGCAUUGUCAACGUGCAUGGAGACAAGUAUACAUUUGGAAAAAAGCAUUUGAAUCAUAUGAUUUAAUGAAUUAUUAUUCAUUUGAAAAUUAUGGUUAUCAACAAGCACAUGAUGGUAAAUUAAUGAUCCAGUGGAUGACAAUACCAGCAUUACCAAAUGAUAUAUCUUUAACUAAAUGUGUUAAAUGUACAACUGGUUGUCAACGAUGUAAAUGUUCAACAAAUAAUUUACCCUGUACACCUUUUUGUGGUUGUUCAAUUGAUCAAUGCACAAAUCGUACAAGUAUUCAGACGAUAACACAAUCAACAAAAAGAAUAAAAACAAAACCAACAUCGUUAUUUAUCAACAAAUGUUCUUUUGAUGAUGAUUAUGACGAAGAUGCAGAGGAUGGUAUUCAAAUGGAAAAUCAAACAAAUGCUGAUUACGAAGACGGUGGUGAAGAUGAUGAAGAUGAAGAUGCACUUGAAUUUAUUUAUGAAAAUGAAAGUGAUGUUAGUUCCAUAAAUUCAACUAAAGAUGAUUAUUUAACUGAUGAUGAAACUCAACCAAUUCUUAUGGAUAUGUCAAUUAAUAUGGAACACAGUUAUUGUCGUCGAUCAACACCGUGGUCAUCGAAUAAUUACAGUAGUACAACAAAAAACACAACAUCAUCACCAUUACGAUCAUCAUAUCUAUCAAGUCCAUUCGAUAAUUCAUUGUCACCAAUUGGUCCAAGUAUCAAUGUAAAAAACUUGAACAGUACAAGAACAAAUACAAGAUCAAUCAAACGAAAAUCAGUAAAACUGGUUCCCAAUAUAAAUACAUCUUCACAAAGUACACCAAGUCAGAUUAUUCCACGUAAAAAAAAAUCGUGA